GUCUCGCGGCCACGUGCUACACGAGCGCACGCCCCGAGCCGGCCGGUGGUCCAGCCACGACGUCCGUCCUCUUCUUCUUCGUCCCGUUUUGUCCCACGCUUCCUCCUUCUUCCCUCCUUCCAUUCUUCUUUUCGUGCACCUCUCGACAUCACCUCCGUGUGUUUCUCAAUCUUCUGCGUCGUUUCCAUCUUAUUCUCCUAUAUCUUUUUCCUAUCUUUUUUUCGAUCGACCUUUUUCCACGUUUCCGUUGUGGCGGCUGCCUCCGUCGCUUCCGAGUGUCUCGCUUCGAAUUCCGAGUAGACGCCGCUCGAGGUGCGCCUCGCGGCACCGGCUAAUCGCGGGAACGCUCGAGCUACGAGCGCCUCGUCCACCAUCUUCGAGAGUUACAAUUUCGUUCGUCCAUUAGUCUUCGUUACUUCGCUCGGCAGAUCGGAGAAUUUAUCGUUUGGAGGAUUUAUUAAGCCCACGAGAAUUUUAUUUAGUGAUCGCGAGUGUGUAUUCGAUCCGGGAUACCAAGUUUCGUGGCAACCAUAGGGAUGGUUAACCAAUCAAGAACAAAGCCUCGUGACAGGAGAAUACUACACCAGUGAAACUCCCUCCACUCGUUGUCCCGUUAGCCGAUGUAGAGGCUAUCGAAUCGACCCAAGAAAUCACGUUUCUUUCCACGUACCAGCCGCAAACAGCGAAUCACACUACAAAAUUAACCUCGAACGAAAGAAAGAAUUUGAAAGAAUCUCUCAAACGAUAAUAAACGGGAAAGCGGAGGGAAGGUGGCAGAGGUCCCGGUGGUCCCGGGUUUGCCGGGAGAGACCGUGAGAAUCCGCGGUGGCCCAGGAAAUUUUCAACGGCGUCGGCACUUGUAAGACACGCACGAAAAUGUUGGGUCGCGACAUCGAACACGGAACAGACGGCUCGAGGGACCGGCGUGAACGGUUUGCAUCGAGAGAUUAAAGAACAUCGAAUGGACGUGGGCGAUUUGUCGAGCUCGGCAGGAUUGGCUGGGAGCGGAUCCAUCCCUGUAGCAACGGGUGUUGGUGUCAUUACAAGUACGACAUCCGCCACCGCGGGGUGGUGGACGCCUACGUCGACGAUCGCCACGGCAGCGGCCAACACCGACGUGAUGAAUCAGCUCUGCAGGGUCUGCGGAGAGCCGGCCGCGGGUUUUCACUUCGGGGCCUUCACGUGCGAAGGUUGCAAGUCGUUCUUCGGGCGCACCUACAACAACCUGGGCAGCAUCUCCGAAUGCAAGAACGGUGGCGUGUGCGUGAUCAACAAGAAGAAUCGUACUGCGUGCAAAGCUUGCCGGUUGAGGAAGUGUCUGAUGGUGGGUAUGUCGAAGUCGGGCUCCCGCUACGGACGCCGCUCCAACUGGUUCAAAAUCCACUGCCUCCUCCAGGAACAGUCGCACCAGGCUCAAACGCGCCUCAUCAAAGACCCAAAGUCCGCGUACGAGAAGGCGUUCGGCUCGUUGGACGUGGCGAACAAUAACAACAAUAACAACGAGAAUCCUGGUACAACGAGUGCCACUGGUGUCGUGGGUAUCGUCACGACGACAACCACCACCGCGAAUAGUUACCAUCACCACCAUCAUCAGCACCAUCAGGACAGGUUUCCAAAAAGAGACGACCUGAGGCCACAGGAUAUUCCUGCUCAAUUGAGGGCACCAGAUAUUCCAGCAAGAGCCAGCCAGGAUCCUCUAUUGAGGCCGAUGGACCUGGUCAGGGCACCUCACGAAUUACUCAGGCCGGAAGUGUCCAGGUUUCCCAUGUGGCGAGGACCGCCAUUCUUUCAUCCAGCUCUUACACACAUGCAGCUAUUAAACACGCCAUUUUUCCCGUUUCAACAGCGAUUCAUAGUCCCCUAUGUGAACCAGGUUGGCGCACCACAAAUGGUAGCUAGCCUAACGAGUUCUUCGAGCGAUAGCGUGAGUCCUAGGUCGACACCGUCGCCUAAAAGGGACGAUGACAAUCGAAGUGCCCGUGACGAGUGCAGAGAAGUGGACGGAGGUUGUCAAAGGAGUCAAAUAGAAGCGUACGAUAAGAGUCUAGCGUUUCUGCGUUCUUUGGGUCCAGAGCAGGAAGAACCGAUCGACUUGAGUAUGAAGGCUGGCAAGAUGGACGGGCAAGAGGUGGAUGCGACUGGUAGCACGGAAGAGGAAAGGUCGACGGACAGCGAGGACAACGAGCUGCUACAGGACACGGGGCCGCCCCUCGAUCUCACUAGAAAGACGUGACCCUGCUCGGCCAGCUCGCGGACAGCUUUCGAUAGGAACUGGACUGGUUGGUGUUGAAUCGUCGCUCGAAGGCGUUGCUCGGAGAGCUGCCAGCCUCUUUCGCGCACACAGACUCAUAUUGUUGUCCUUUCGCGGGGAUGAGGAGAUGACUUACGACGUUUGUUGGAGAUCUUGGGGAGAGUAAAGAUCUUGCGGAGAGCGUGGAAGGAAAACGCUUUUCGUCAAGAAGUUAGAGAAUCGAGUGAAAUAAUGCGAAAAUAGUGGCGUGGAUGUAAGGGAAAGAUGUCUGGUAUGAGAAACUACAAGAUGGAAAGGGUGAAAUAACGGAUGGACAGCGACAGUAGGAAAAGUACGGAAUAGCGGGCGUCACCAGCCUUACAUUGCACGAAUGACUUUACGAUCAGCGAUCGGGUCGACGUAAAAUUGCUCAAGCCCUCGGUAUUAGCCGACAGACAUACACGGUCCCUUUGGUCGGCUACAGCUUCGCCAGGUGUUCGUUGACGAAGUAGCCGAAGAUCGGCUCGAUACAUCCUUACAACGAGACAGACGAUUGUGCCUUAACCGGUGCCUUUUAGCUCUCAUACAUGUUCGAGUGCACGAGAGGGAGAAUAUAUAUAUGUGUGUGUGGGUGCGCGUGUGUGUGUGAGUGUGUGAGAGAGAGAGAGAGAGUGCCAGUAAAAACCACGUGAUAGUUUAACGUUAAAUAAUAACCGCGCUAACGUACGCGUGUAACGAAUUCGUACGCAGGUACGGACACAUGUAUGUAUUAUAUAUUAUGUCUGUGCGUGUGAUGCGUUCGAUAUUUUUGUUCUUUCGUGUAAACGCGUUUGGAGAACCGCGAAGUAAGCGAGAGUGUUCGAGAGACACACGAAAGCACCGUUUCUAUCUCUCGACGCUCGGGAAUGGCCAGUGUUUCGUUAAGCCGCAUCGAGAUUUCUUUUAUUUAUGUCGAGUCUUAUUUAACGCGAUUUUAAUUACUCGUUAGUCUGUCAGUUUCACGAAUACGUCGGUGUGCGCGUCUUUUCUCCUGCAAUGUCAAACACAACUGUCUUUGUUUUAAUUUUCACGUUAGAAGAUCGUAACUCGUUAUGGAGACUACAAUGUGAAUUGCAGAUGUCGAUGAAAAACAAAAAGUCACGAAGCUAAAGAAAGGAAUGGGUGAUGAGGAUUAGACGAUAGGCGUACAAACACUCGGUAGUGUUCGACGAAAAAAUACGAAGUAAAAUAAAGAAUAUUGUAUAACCAAUACGUAGCGCCUUGAUCGUCGUUCAUUAAAUAUCUCCUCGUUUCCCUUACGCGACCGUUCGUAAUCGCGUACUUAUAUAUACCUCGAACUCGAGAUGGUAUUCGAUUACUUUCGUCUCGCGCGUCUCCUGCAUUCCGUACCGUCGCGUCGCCACGAAAACGCGCACGGACGGAUUUGCUUGGAGCGUACGCGCGCCCAGUCGCUGCGCACUUUAUCGCACCGAGUUAUUUAUUUAGUAAUAAAUUUGUACGCGCGCUGAUGUACUACGAGAAACAUGUUUUCUCGGAUAAUUCCGUUCUAACGCGCGAAACGCCUCGCGAGGACAGCUUCUCUAGCCGAUUCCCCUCGUCUGAGGAUGUCGCGCGGAUGGAAGAUGAUAAACGCACAUUAAAAACGCUUGGUAAUAAACACACUUGGUAUAUAUCGAUCGUAAGGCGGACUGUGCGAUCUAACGUUUGACUUAACCGUGACAUGAAAACAUGUAGAGAAAAAAUAAA